UGGAAACAGCAGCAAAAUGAGUUUUGAGCAGAAAAAGAACCUCCUCUUUUCGUCGCUCGAGUCAGCAGAACAGAGCAUCGGAACGGAUUCGAUUCUUAACCAACAUGGCAAAACCACCGAUUACACUCUGGACCGUUCAGGCCGUCGUCGCCCUACAAAGUUGAUCAGCGUUGAUCGAUAUCGUGGCCGAGAAAGCAUCUUCAAGCGCCCGUCGGCCCCGAUUGGCCAGUGUCUGAAACGGGCAAAUCUUCCGGACUACCAGCGCAAUCCCCACAAAUGGACCAAAUACACACUGGAAGACGUAGAUACGUCCGAGCGGACCAACACGGCGGCGGCUUUUUCCUUUCUCAAGCAAAUCGAAGAGCAACGUGAUGCGGCCACACAGAUUGCCGAGAGGGCGGAGGAUAAUUCCGGACCGAGGGCAAUCGUGUGUCAAUCCGUCGUCCGCUUCAAUCGCUCCGUGCGACUGAGAGACAGAUUAGCCGAAGCGGAUGAACCGCAAGAUACGCCGGUCGAAGACAAACCUCAACAAAAUGGACGGCGAGUUCUGAUGCCCGAGUAUGUGACCCAUCCGCGCACCGGUUCACUGGAAAGACUCGAGAGCCAAUGA